UUGCGUUUGGGCCCAUGUCAUGUCGCUCUCAAUAGACUCCAAGAAAUGAUCUUCAUGUCUUUUCUCCCAUAUCGAACUACCUCAAUUCUCUCUCUCCUCCUUCAUCUUUCCUAGCUCUCCAAUUCUCUCAUGUCCAUGACAAGUCAAAAUCCAGCGCCGGAGUCAUCCACCCCCGACCACCACCACAACUCGCCGCCGCCGCCGCCACCACCACCCAGCCGUUACGAGUCCCAAAAACGGCGUGACUGGAACACCUUCGGUCACUACCUCAAGAACCAACGUCCUCCAAUCUCACUCUCCGACUUCAACUUCAACCACGUCCUCGAAUUCCUCCGUUACCUUGAUCAGUUCGGAAAAACUAAGGUUCACCUCCACGGCUGUGUCUUCUUCGGGCAGCCCGAACCGCCCGCAUCUUGCACCUGUCCGCUCCGGCAGGCCUGGGGGAGCCUUGACGCGUUGAUUGGCCGUCUCCGAGCAGCCUAUGAGGAGAACGGAGGCUCACCCGGGUCGAACCCGUUUGGGGAUGGGGCGAUCCGGGUUCAUCUGAGGGAGGUCAAACUUUGUCAAGCAAAAGCCAGGGGGAUUCCUUACAAGAAGAAGAAGAAGAAGAUGAUCAAGUUGAAGUGA